AAUUCUUUAAACUAUAACCCAACUUUUGUUUUUAAAUAAGUUUCUCGUGUGCAUAUUUAGGAUAAUUUACAAAUAUGCCAGUUCCGGGUGGAGUAUAUCAAAGUCAAGGUCCAUCAUGUUUUGAUAAAAUGAAAAUGGGUUUUAUGAUUGGAUUCUGUGUUGGAAUGGCUAGCGGUGGUUUAUUUGGAGGAUUUACGGCAUUAAGAUAUGGAGCAAGAGGGCGAGAACUGGUUCAUUCUGUUGGUAAAGUAAUGCUGCAAGGAGGUGGUACAUUUGGUACAUUUAUGGCUAUUGGAACAGGAAUACGUUGUUAAACCAUAUUACUCCUAGACUAGACUGUACAUACCUUAUACACCAAAUUUGCCACAAUUAAGAAACAAAUGUGUUGUUUAGUGUCUCAAUUCUAAAUAUUUUUAAGACUAAUUUUCAUAUUUUGUUUCUGUUUAAACUUGUCCUUAUAUAUUGACGUUAAUAGACAGCAAGUGAAAAAUUAGUAUGAUUAAUAAUUUAAGUAAUAAUAUAUUUCAUAACAUAAGUGGUUCUUUAGUUUCACAUUAGUCAUAAUUUUAUUUAAUUUUAAUAAAUUUAGAUAUUAUUAUAA